CUGCACUGCCGACGACACACUUCCAUUUCCACAACCAACCAACCAAACAAUCAUCUCUUCCCCUUCACUCCCACUGGCAGUAGCACAAAUGUCUUCAUUCUUUGGCUUCUCGUCGGCCCCAGUAGACGUCGAGAUUCGGCUCAACGGCGAAGACAAGAGAAAGCAGGUCGAGGUCAAGGGCGAAAAGGAUCGCAAGGAGCUGUGUCCAGUCUACUAUGACGGCGAGAGCGUAGACGGUCAGGUCGUCGUUCGCGUCAAGGACGGGAAGAAGUUUCAGCAUGAUGGCAUCCGUAUCGAGCUCGUUGGAUCGAUCGAACUCUUCUACGACCGAGGCAACCAUUACGAGUUUGUCUCUCUUAGCCAAGAGCUAGCCGGGCCCGGUGAGAUGCGCCAAGCUCAAACGUUCGACUUUCUGUUCAAGAAUGUGGAGAAGCAGUACGAAAGCUACUCUGGCAUCAAUGUCAAGCUUCGCUACUUUAUCCGUGUGACUCUUAUGCGGCGUAUCGGCGAAGUCACAAAGGACCGCGAGUUCUGGGUUCACUCUUAUCGCAUGCCCCCAGACAGCAACACGAGCAUCAAGAUGGAAGUGGGAAUUGAGGAUUGCUUGCACAUCGAGUUUGAAUACAACAAGGCCAAAUACCACCUCAAGGACGUCAUCGUCGGCAAGAUUUACUUUCUCCUAGUGCGCAUCAAGAUCAAGCACAUGGAGCUGUCUAUCAUCCGACGCGAAACGACUGGAGCAGCCCCAAACCUCUACAACGAGUCCGAGACAAUCACCAAGUUUGAGAUUAUGGACGGAGCACCUGUUCGAGGAGAGACGAUUCCCAUCCGGUUGUUCCUCGGAGGCUUCGAGCUCACCCCGACGUUCAGGGACGUCAACAAGAAGUUCUCUACCCGUUACUACCUCAACCUCGUUCUGAUCGACGAGGAGAACAGACGAUACUUCAAGCAGCAGGAGAUUACCGUCUACCGUAUCCCUGAAAACUAGAGGCUGGCCAUGGUCACACGAUUCCUCGUAGCUUAUGCAGCUUCUACGCUGUUGGUAUGGAUUGACAGGGGCCAUAGGAGGGGGAGGUGGCAUGUAGAUACAACUCUGAUUAGACAGUGAAAUGAUAGGACGAUUAAUGGCAGACUGGUGCAAUGUUUA